UGGAAGGGUGAGAAAUAGUCUCAACUCCAUACACAGAGCAGAGCACGAUGUCGGUUGCAUUUGCUACUCCCCGGCAGCGCGGGAAAGGUGAAAUUACACCUGCCGCCAUUCAGAAGUUACUGGAUGAAAACAAUCAUCUUAUCCAAUGCAUAAUGGAUUACCAGAGCAAGGGGAAAACUGCUGAAUGUUCGCAGUACCAGCAAGUGCUUCACAGAAAUUUGGUCUAUCUGGCAACAAUAGCAGAUUCCAAUCAGAACAUGCAGUCACUCUUGCCAGCUCCUCCCUCACAGUCCAUGCCGAUGGGACCAGGGGGAAUGAACCAGCUCCCUCCCGGGCACAGCAUGGGCACAGACAGUAUGGUCGGUGGUGGAGGAGGAGGGCCCCCUACGUCGCACAUGCAGAACCAGAUGAACGGACAAAUACCUGGCCCGAACCACAUGCCAGUGCAAGGACCAGGCCAACCCAGUAUGGCCAAUGCCUCUGUCAGCAUGCCAACCAGUAGCCACGGUUCCAUGGGUGGCUACAGUCAUUCGGUGACAUCUUCACAGGGAAUGCCAGUGCAGAGCCAGAUGAAUAUGAACCCAGGUCAAUCGAUGAGUAACUACGGCCCUCGAACAAAUAUGAACAUGCAGCCGAGCCAAGGCCCCAUGAUGCACCAGCAAGCGUCAACCUCGCAGUACAAUAUGCCACAGGGAGCGAGCCAACAUUACCCCAACCAGCCGCCCAUGCCCAUGAUGAAUCCAGUGAACCAGGCGAACCACAUGAUGGGGCAGAGACAGAUGCCACCAUACAGACCAGCUCAGCAAGGUCCUCUCCAGCAAUACGCAGGGCAGGAGGAUUACUACAAUGACCAGUUCAAUCAUGGACAGGGGACCCCAGAGAGCAUGAACCAGCAGUAUUAUCCUGAUGGGCCCAAUGACUACAGUUACCAUCAGCCAUCGCAUCCUGAACAAGGCUAUGAUAGGCCUUAUGAGGAUUCCUCACAGCACUACUACGAAGGAGGUAACUCGCAGUACAGUCAGCAACAAGAGACCUACCAACAAGGACCACCUCAACAGCAAGGCUAUGCACAGCAGCAGUACACAACUCAACAAGGCUAUCCAGCCCAGCAGCAAGGUUAUGGUUCCUCCCAACCUCCUCCAAACCAGUACCCAAACUAUCCACAGGGCCAGGGUCAGCAGUAUGGAGGCUACAGACCCCCGCAACCUGGACCACCGCAACAGCAGCAGAGGCCUUAUGGGUAUGAGCAGAACUUGCAAUGAAUUGUCUGCAGAGCUUGGGAAGAAUGUGGGCACUCACCCAGAAAGUUUUUAAUUUCCACAUUUUGGCCCCGGUCAGCCACGGAGGAGGAAGAAAGCAAAACACACAAGCUAACCUGUUGCAAAGACACAGCCAGGGACGGGGGAACUGCUGACUUUCGGGCACUGCAAGCAAGGGAGGUGCAUUACUCAUUCUCUGACCAAGGUGGUCACCAGAUUGACAAGACCAGUGGUGACCAGGUUAACCAGACCAGUGCUCCUUCCACCCCUCCCCACCACUUCACAACCACCCCCCCACUCCAUUUCCCGCUGUGUCCAGCCUAUUUCCCACCGUUUAUCCACCCCUAGACAUUUCACUGUGUCUCUCAAGUCUAUGACAGUUUCAAUGACUUCAUGAAUCUUUUGCACGAGAGUUGACCAAGCACCCUCUUGUGUUUUCUCAAUAUGGAGCGGGUGUGUUGGAGGACCUGGAUUUUGACGCUGUGGACUGAUCUUGCUGUGACAGACCCUCCGCUGUGCGUGGGACCCAGCAGGUAGCGCGUCUUCCAGCACAAUCUGACCUCACGGCUUGGAUUCCUCAGUCUCAGACUCUGCAGUAUCCCUUUCCCCAGAUUUCUUGAUGUUCCCAUCAGCCUGGCUCAUCCUCUCUUAAGAUCACGCUGAGACUUUUCUUAAAAAUUGAAGAUAAUGAGGAGCCAGGAUGUUGAAGAAUUGCCUGUUACCAACACGAAAUAUUUGCUGCUGCUUUAUUUGUAUUGAUUUGCUACGCUAUGCAGGAGAGCUAAAGUGAACAAGGCUUUUGCUCUAAGUACACGUGUUUAUGGAGACUGGAAAUUAUGCUCACACACAGCUUUCUGAAACAGUAUUGACAAAACCCACUCCCAGAAUCAAAUUAAAAAACUCUGAGUGGGGAGGGGUGUGUUAAAUGUGGUGACUCUCAUGCCCAGAGGUUAAUAUUUAAUUUAUGCCAAAUGCUAUUUUCUCUGAAGAUUCCGCAUGUUUUUUUCUGACCUCCUCUCUGGUUCCUCUUUUCUGGCUUUUGAAGGUAGAAGAGCUCUAUGAAGAGUGUUUACACCAGUAGCUCAAAUUGUUCAUUCCCUUGUGCUAUAGUUCAAGCUAACCUCCCAACCUUCAACUCAAUGGCUUUUUUAUACUUUAGAACGAGUGAAGUGGCUGUUUUUGACAGGGGUAGACCCGAUGGGCCGAACAUCCUUUGUGCUGUAGAUCUCAAUGACACUGCCCCUGUGGGUUCACAGGGUGAUCAGCAUUUCUGUAGCACCAGACUCGUGGGUAAUCCCCUGUCCCUUUUGAACCCGGCACACGUUCCACACAUUGCUAACGCAAUCCCUUUAGUUUUGAAACAGACUCCUGCUGAGUUGACCCAAGAAGUGUUGCUCCGAGAGUUGUAAUUUUUCCUUUUGGGGUUAAUGCAUUGUGACUAUGUUACUACAUGAAGAAUACAGAGGCCUAGUUUACUGAUUCAGAAGCACGGAUGUAGCAGCUGGGGAAUUUCAGUUCAAUUGAUUGAUUUGGGAAUAAAAAGCUAAUCUUGGCAUCGGUGACCACGUAUUGUCGAUUGUCAUAAAAUCCCAUCAUAAAAUCUGAGUCACUAAUGCCCUUGAGAGAGGGAAAAUCUACCGCCCUUACCUGGUCUGGCCUACAUGUGACUCCAGAUGCAUAGCAAUGUGGCUGACUCUAACCACGCUCUGGGUGAGGAGGGAUGGGCAUUAAAUGCUGGUCUAGCCACAUCCCAUGUUGGGGAUGGGUAACAACCAUGAGUGGAUUAUUAAAAAGCUGUAUUCCAUAUGUUGGUAACGUCACAUUGUUUUGCUAACCUCUUACCACCCUCUCAGAAAGCAGUUUCUGACUUUGUUUGUGGAGCUAAACAGCUCACUGUGUUAUUUAAGAGGAAAUUAAGUUAACUGUAAUUUGUCAGGUACAUUAUACGAGAGAAUUAUUUUUAUUUGCUAGGAAAUCUCUGUCUCUGUUUUCUCUCUCUCUCUCACACAUACUCAUGCACACAUACUACUCACAGACACACACACAGACAA